CGACGAGACUUUGCUUUCACAACCACUCACCAAUCUUCACAAUGGCGGCCACGCGUUCUGCCGCGCUCAAGAUCGACUGGGCCAACCUUGGUGCCAAACUGGGCCUCCGAGGCAAGACUGCCGCCGCGCUGUCCGAUUUCAAGAAGCGCAACGAUGAUGCGCGCCGCAAGGUUCAGGUGCUCUCCGAGCAGUCCCAAACUGUCGACUUCUCCCAAUACCGCAGCAUCCUCAAGAACCAGGACGUGAUCAACGACAUCGAGAAGCAAUUCACGUCAUUCCAGCCGAAGAAGUACGACGUGCAGAGGCAGCUCAAGGCCAUUGAGGCUUUCGAGGCUCAGGCUAUCAAGAGCGCCGAGGAGACCAAGGGCAAGGUGGAUGCUGAACUGAAGGACCUGGACAAGACAUUGGAGAACAUUCAAUCCGCUCGUCCAUUCGACGAGCUCACAGUGGACGACGUCGCCGCUGCUCGCUCAGAUAUCGACAAGCGCACCGAACAGCUCAUUUCCAAGGGCCGAUGGAUGGUCCCGGGCUACCAGGAGAAAUUCGGCAACCUUUCUGCGAUCUAAUCGCGUUGCGUUGCUUUGUUCUCGUAGAAGACCUGUAUACAAGCGCUCCGAAUUCUCUGUUCACGUCUGUCCGUAUUCUUAGAU